AUUUUGCUGAAAUUUCUCUUUCUUCCGGCAACGUAUCAUACUUUUGAGGUUGUCUUGCCUUUAUCUUAUUAAAAAAUAAUAUUCUAAUAUUUAAAUAAUUUAAAAAAUGGCUAUCGGUGAUUUGAAAACUCCCAAAGGUCUUAAGGAUCUUGAUACUUUUUUAUCAGAGCGCAGUUACGUCGAAGGUUGGCAGGCAUCUCAAGCUGAUGUCGCAGUACUUGAAGCACUUGGGCAAGCACCGACUGCAUCAAAUCCCCAUGUCUUGAGGUGGUACACUCACAUCAAGUCUCAUGAGCUGUCAAAAUUACCUGGUACUAAAAAAAUACCAGCAAGUUUGGGCGUCGGCGCACCAGCAUCAGCACCAGCUGCUGCCAAAGCUGAUGAUGAUGACGACCUCGACUUGUUUGGAUCAGACGAAGAAGAAGACGCUGAGGCUGCGAGAAUUAAAGAGGAGAGACUCAAAGCUUACGCUGAAAAGAAGUCCAAGAAGCCGGCACUCAUUGCCAAGUCCAGUAUUGUCCUUGAUGUCAAACCUUGGGACGAUGAGACCAACAUGAAGGAAAUAGAAGACAAAGUCCGUUCUAUUGAGAUGGAUGGUCUUGUUUGGGGAGCUUCUAAACUGGUGCCAGUUUGUCAUGGAAUCAACAAACUACAGAUCAUGUGCGUAGUCGAGGAUGAAAAAGUGUCAGUUGAUUUGCUGACCGAGAUGAUUCAGGACUUUGAGGAUCAUGUUCAGUCAGUUGACAUCGCAGCUUUCAAUAAAAUUUAAAUUUUAUUUAACCGUCUAUUAUUUUGGAAUUUAAAUAAAGUAAUUCGUUUUUGAAUAA